UUGUCGGCUGAACGAUUUAGAGAGAAAUACUCAGAAGACGCCGAGCAAAAAUUUGAAAAUGCAGCCCAGACGCUUACUGAAAAUGUCAAAUCUGCAACCAGGAGAGUCGAGGACAGUUUAAAUUACAUCCGUGACCCACAUGCUCGUUCUAAUCUGAGGUCAAUCAAUGACCACUUGACUUUUCAGAUAUCAGAUAUAAUCAGCAGGGCGAGGCUUAUCGUGGACACUCACUACAUUUGUGACACACUCAGCUUGGAUGUGCAAAUACAGUGCUGGUCAGCAAAAGCUCACUAUGUGGUAGAAGAGAUCAGGAAACAAGAUGGGAUUCACCAGGAUGCUAAAGACCACAUCAAGGCUGGUCUACAGGGCAGAACAUCCGAGGAAACCCACAAAGUAUCGCCUGUGAUGCCAACUAAAGUCAAAGAAAUGGAAUUUCCCUCUGACGCACUAAUGACAUCCUGGCAGAAAAGCAAUACAGAAAAAGCAGAUGCAGCAGCAGCUAAUGUAGACAUAGCAACUGUGGCUAAACAUGGACCUAGAGCUAUGGAGAAAGAUGAUGGUGGAGCAUACAGUUUAUACAAAGAAGCCUCCUCACUGACCUACACCUCCCUUUUUCUAAAACAAGAAAGCCACAGCUGGGAUCCCAAGGACAACAGAAUCGUCCAGGUGACCAGGAAGAUGGCUGACACAAUAUGUUACAUGACUCAGUACUUGAAGAAGAAAGGCCCAAUACCGGUAAUGACCACCAGAGGUGACCUUACUGCCUUCACCUUAUUGUUUGCAUACAUAAUUAUCCGCAAUCUUUUUUUUUUUUUUUUUCAGAAUAAAGAGGCGUUUGUUACUGCAGCCAAAGAUGUCAUCUCAAACUGCCAGUCAGUAACUCAAUUCAUCAGAGUUAUUGCCAACCACAGCCUGGAUAAACAGUGUGCGGUCGAGCUGUCCCUCAUUGUUGAGCAGAUUUUGACCAUCACCAAUCAGCUCAACAUCAUCUCCAGCGUCAAUGCUGUAACACCUGGGUGCAAAUCGUCUGAUGAGAUCCUGGUGAAGAAUGCACAAAAUCUUCUCCAGACAGUCCUGCGUGGGGUCCAUGCUGCGGAAACAGCCUGCAUUACGGGUCUGAAGCAGCCUGAGCCGAACUCAGAUGGUGCGGAGGCUACAGCGUUGUGUUUCCAGUGGAAAAGAAACCUAGAGAUCCAUCGAGCCCAGCAGACCUCUAACCCAAAAACAGAUGAGCUGGGUUUGAGGAAGACGUCGUCUCAUCCUUUAGCGCCCAGUCUAGCCCCUAAGGUUAACGUCCACGACAGCUACAAGUGACCAUCAGAGGUUUAAAGUAAAGCUGUUAAUUUGUGUGGAGCCCCUUAAAUCCUAUUGACACGUCAGGAGUGUGGAUGGAUGCCAUGAUACUAAGACAACGCAAUGAAACUUCAAUGUGUAAUUCUGAAAAAAAUCAGAUGUAGUUUAAUUUCUUUAUUUCAGAUACUCAUAAUAAAAUCAUUGAAAUGAUGGACAUAUGUGUUGUUAAAAUGUCAUACAGUAUUAUUAUAACCAUAACCACCGUACUGACCCAUACAGAAAAAAAAGCAUUAUACUUUAAAACACGCAGAAACACACUGUACACGUGAUAGAAAAUAGGCAUUUACAAUGUGAGUUAUGAAAAGAAUAAAAAAGUAAAUAGCUUGGUUUCAGUCAAACAGGAGCAGCUCACAGACACAAGUGUUUUUAAAACAAAGCAAUAUGCCACCUUAGGUCUACAACAUUCACACACUGUAGCACACGAAACCUCAUAUAAGUUAAUCUACAGUCAACUGCAACACAACUCUACAGUAAAAAAAAAAAAUAUAUCAUGAAGGUCACACUUGUAACAUAUUUACAA